UAAUGCCAGGCUGAUUUCUGCUGGCAGGACAUGGUGCGAGGGAACAGGUACAAAACCAUCCGCUGGAGCUUUGUGGAGUCGCUGGAGCCCCCCAGGGUGGUGCACGUGCGCUGUGAGGGCGUCCUGAACCGCGGCAACCUCUACGGGCAGGUGACCGUGAGGAUGCACAGCCGCCAGAUUUUGGCCAUCUAUGACCGCUUUGGGCGGCUCAUGUACGGCGGGGAGGAGAUUCCCAAGGAUGUUCUGGAAUAUGUUGUGUUUGAGAGGUACCUGGUGAACCCCUAUGGAACCUGGAGGAUGCACGGGAAGAUCAUCCCAGAGUGGGCCCCACCGAAGGAUCCCAUCAUUAAGACCGUGAUGAUUCCUGGCCCAGCCCCGGAUCCCUCACAGGAGCAAGAAACAGUGAAGUAGAAAGUUCUGGAACGUGGACAGGGGCAGCAAACAGGCCAGGAGGGAGGAUUGGGAAUGUGAUGGACGUGGCCGUGCCUUCAGGAGUGGGCUCCAGCCACUCCAAAUUUGUCCUUCAAGGAGCCAGAGGGGCUGGGAGCGGGACCUGGAUGAGCUCUGGGAAGAGCUGGGCUCUGUCCCACACUCUGUGCUGCAGCCUCACCCUCGCUGGCUUUCUGUGAGGAUGAGGAGCCUUGGGAGCAUCCACAGCCCACCCUCUGUCCUGAAUUCCAUGGGAGAGCCCUUGGAAUAUUUGUCACCUCCAUGGGAGGUGUCACAGAGCUGCUGCUCAGGCAUUAAAACUUCACCAGUG